GGCAGGCUCCGCCUCCGGAGGCGCGGGUUUAAAGCCGGGAAGGCGAGGAGCGCCGGAGCCAGCCGCCGCCGCCGCACAGCCAUGGGCCGGCGGCCGGGGGGCGCUCAGCCGCUGGGCGGCCUCCUGCUGCUCGCCCUGCUCGCUGCCGGCGUGGCCCCGCUCAGCUGGGAUCUCCCGGAGCCCCGCGGCAGAGCUGCCAAGAUCCGAGUGCACCCGCGGGGCAACCUCUGGGCCACCGGUCACUUCAUGGGCAAGAAGAGUCUGGAGCCCCCCAGCCCAUUCCCACUGGGGACCACUCCCCCCACCGCCGUGAGGGCCCAGAGACUGCAGCUGAGUCAUGAUCUGCUCCGGAUCCUCCUGCUAAAGAAAGCUCUGGGCCUGAGCCUCAGCGGCCCAGCAGCCCAGACCCAGUACAGGAGGCUUCCGGUGCAAAUACUGCAGAAGUGAUGCCAGCAGCAGCUCACCUUAGACUGUGCCGGCCCGGGGGAGGUGGCAGUGCCGCCUGGAUGUAAAUGCUGGGCGCCAGUCCGUCUCUGCACUGCUGGGAUUCCUGACGGGCGCCAGAGCUGGCGGGACGCACACGAGGUUAUAUCCCUGCUGUAUCGGUUGCUCCCCUGUUGAAGCUGUGAAUAAAAACCCUGCUCUUCA